GUUUAGUACUCCAUUUUACAGUCCUAAGAAAAAAGUGAUUUGCUCACGUUAUUUCCACUAGGAAGGGAGAAAAAAUAUAAAAGGAGUCCACUUCCCUAAAAUUAAGUUUCCUAGAGACUCCAGUGUUCAAACCCAGAUUCUGGACACAGACAAUAAGAAACUGAUACUGAUAACCUUGAAAGUGAAACUCAAAGCUGACUAGUGCUGGGAAACAUAAGGUAAGACUCUGCUCUAUUAUGGAGGAUAUAUUUACGUGACAGUGUGAUAUCCUGGAGAAACAUUUCUUUAGGAAUCCCACAGCCCUUUUUUAUCUCAGGUUUCUUUUCACCGAAGCUUGAAGCUCAAAGUCCGUGGCUUCAUCAAAGCAGCUCCAAAUCCCCAAGGUGAGAUAAUUCUCACCUGGAGCCUGUGUGUAUUCCUCUACCCUUUGGCUGGGAGCAGUCACCUGGGAAUCAUUCCAGCAGGUGGCUUCCAAAGUCCAACCUGCUGGGUUGAAAUCUGACACUGACAGAGACUCCCUGGGAGCUGCUACUGAAAGCUAAACCAGGAACCAGGAAAUGCUUGAGCCUCUUUAGGUAGAAAAACAGCUGGGCUCCCUCGGAGACAGAGCGCCAUGGGAAACCGGCUCUGCUGUGGGAAAAGCUGCCCAGAAGCUGAGGCUCAGAGCAGUUGUCUGAGGUCACAUGGCUGGAGCUGCCCAUCAAUUUUCCAGAGGAAAAAGAAAAUGGGGAGUCAACCAAGAUGGACACUGAAGCAGCAACAGCAGCAGAAGCAGAAUGGCACAAAGGGACGUGACACAACACAAUAUACGUGUGAACCGGUAUUGGAGCAGCCUGUGUCUCAGGAGAGGAGCCAAGGCCCCAGGUCAGAGGACAGCAGCUUACAUUAUGCAGUCAUUCAAGUGUGCAGCCAUACCCAGCCACGCUCUGCCAAGGAGGUGAAGCACCUACAAUUAGAAAAUGCGACAGAGUAUGCCACCCUGUCCUUCCCCCAGGCCACACCCUGCUAUGACAGCAAGAAUGGGACCCUAGUGUGAGCCUAGGGGAGGAAGGACUGGUUUCCAUCAUUUCACCACUACUCUUGUGGGAGAAUCUACUGCUUUGGGGAACUGGGUGGCAGCCCAGGAAUGGUGACCACAUUUUAAGCUUAAAGAAUUCAGGAGCCCCUGAAAUUGUAUGUCCCCAAUCUUGCUCUCUCCCCUAUGCCUAUUUCUUGUUUGCCACUGAGAGCUUCCAGUUGUAUUUGGGUUAGUCAAGGGUGAAUGGAGUUGCACAAAAUAAGGGGGCUAGGUUGAAUGUGCAGGAAAGUAAGUUUUGAGCCCCACCUUUGCUCCUGGCUUUCAAGAAAAGUGCAGAAAAAAUAGGUCAGCCCUUCAGAACUUGAGCUGAUCAUGCUGAACUUAAUUUAAUGGUAUCCUUUUUACAUACCUGAAACUCCAAAGCUGAAGAAGAGGCGCUCUGAAAAAGCAUUCUGGGCUUUUAUACACAGCCCCCAGUCCUGGCUUGGGUCAUUUCCUCAGUGGCUGGGUCAAAGGUCAUUGACCUAACCAGACAAAUAAGGUCAAAGGCUGAGGCAUGGAGGAAGCAUUUUCUGACCUUCCGUUACAAAGACUUCAAGUCACUGACACUGACAGCACUACGUGGAUAGACUGUUGGCUCUCGAUGGUGCUGAGCCUCCAGGAACAAUAAAUUGCGUGCAGAAUGUGCCUGUUGCGUUUUCUGGGGUUGGGAUUUGCGGGCUCUACGUCACGGAGGUGCAGCGGGUCUCUCCCCGCCUAAUGGCAGUUUGGGAGUCCAGUAAGUUGACAAAGGCCGGCCUUCGCGCCCCACUCCGCGGGCAGCGGCUGGGGAAGAGCGAAAGUGUGGUUGGGACCCACUCAAGGCAAGCUCCCUCUGCAGCAGCCAGGGCUCCCUGGAGCGGAGUCCCAGCCAGUAGGAGGCGCCUCUAUCCACGAAAGCGAACGGAUCCUGGAGGAAGUCGGGAAGCGGAGUCCAGACAGAGGGCGGGGUCAAGGCCGGUGAGGGUGGUGAUCUGAGCCUUUAAGAGGCGAGUACAGCUGGGUCGGGGGCGGUGUCGUCUGCAGCUGGCUGGGGCCGGCUGGAGGCGGGACCGAGGUGGCCGGCCCCCCAUCACCAUGGCAGCAGGAACGCAGCAGCGAAGCUGCUGGUGGAGGAGGUUCUGCUCAGAAGGGCUAGCUAGGUACGGAGAUGCAGAGCCAGACUGACCGAUGAUUUAAAAGACCUUAGUGCAAGUGGAUUCAGAAGAAGUGGCUAGAAAACUGCCUCCAUCACUAAUUGGAAGAGGCUGUUUUCUAUUAGCUCGGAGUAAUACUGUGAACUCUAUUUCCAAGAGUUAUUUACUGUGAUGGUCAAAUAUGAUGUAGGUGAUAGCACUUUGUAAACUUAAAGUGCUAUAUAAAAAUUUCUGCCUUAGAAUAUAAAUGCUGCCUUUCUAGUUUAAUACUUAAUUUCUGAGGAUAAAGGGAAGUGUGUGUCAGAAGCUGAGCUCCCAGUAUUUUUCCUGAUUGUCUUCAGAAUCCUUUGUAUGGUCUCAGACUGAUAAAUGUAGGGAGGAGAGAAAAUGCUUCCUUGUUUCACUAAUGAUAGGGAUCCAUUACUCUUUAUUACCAGUAAAACCUAAGUGACUAAUUUUUUAAAAUGCCAUUGGAAUAGCCCUGUUGUGAUUAUAAGAUCUUGAACGGGAGCUCCUGCUAACCAGCUUCCUAUUUCUGAAACUUCUAGAUGACUUAAGUUGGUAGGUUUGAGGCAGGGGCCUGACCCCACUAGAUUGGUUUAGCUUUUGGAAUUUUUUUUCCUGUACUCUGUUUUUACACAUUUCUUCCUCUUUCUAUUUCAAGGUGGCUCUGAUCUAGCUCUUCCGAGAACUCGGAAGAUGGGGACCCAUGUGGUUUUGAGACUCUGUCACUCCCUGCUGCCAGUGGAACCCUCUGUAAGUGUACUGUUUAGAGGAAUGUGACGAUAUUAAUGGAUUUUCAGUACAGUUCUACAACUGGGGGAUUUCUCCAUCAGGACUCAGAUCCUGGAACUAAAUUGUAAUAUAUUUGCUUUCUUUUCUUGCUUCCCCUUCUUAUGGAAACUCAAGCUCACUUCAUUCAUUAUCUUUAUCUGGAACUAAUAAAAUCAAGCAUAGGUUGAACAUUUCUAGUGAUUUAUCAGAACAAAUGCAUGGUUUAAAA